GGUACUUACCAUCGAAUCUUAUGAUAUGACUUGGAUUCCAAGUGUCAAGUUACCUCCAUACGAUCUCCCAAUCCUGUUCCUUUACGAGGACGCCAUCGCUCACUUUCUCAGAUAUGAGGAACAUUCAGCUUGCGUGGAACUCACACUUUGAUAUAUCAAACCGACGUGAGGAAUCUACGUGCUAGUAAAGAUUACAUGGAUUGCAGUACAUUCAUUUCAGUAUCCUAUCAACUCAAUUCUAUUACGCUAGAGUUAUGCACAUGUACAAAUACAUUGCAGGAAUGAGUUCUUCAUAUUUACCAUUUUAGCCUAACAACCCCCCAUUCUCGCAGAUGGUGGGUGACUUUGCAAGAGAUAUUGGUAUCAAUCAACCAUGUCCGAGUUGCGAUACAGAUAUGUCAAGGAGUCACUACGGUUGCAGCCGGUCAGGGGGUUAAAUCAACGACCUGCCAAAUCUAACAGUCUAUUAUCAAGAACAGGUUCCCCGAGCUCCACUGGAAUGAGACUCGAGCUUAUCCAUGAAUGCUUAAUCCCCCGCAUUAUCUAUUGGACAGGCAUUAUCAAUACAGCAGCAAGUUUGAUUGACUUCCUAAGAUUCAAGCGAAACUAUAGGUUGUACAAAAUCUUGUCAGGGGAUACAAUCGGGUGAUGACACUGAAGAAGAAAUUGAUCAGCGAACCCCUCGUUACAUUGAGGUACAAGCGAUGCUAUCAUGGUUGAAAAUUACCACGCGCGAGUACUUCAUCGGUCCAAACUUCCGUUAGAAUCUUCAAUCAAAUGUUUUUCUGCAAGGUCAAACGACGGCACGUGUAACAACGAUGCUACUACACGAGCCACACCGAUACGAUUAUUGUUUUUGGAUGAUAUAUUAUCUACCUGCUAUCAUCCUUUUACUUAUGUUUCUUUUCUUGCUACACUUUCGCUCCUUGGUUAUUGAUCAUGUCGAGGUUUGAAUAUUCACAGGUCCCGGUGGACGAAAAACUGGAGAAUGAACGACCAGAAACUCCUCGCAAAAGAUCUCUAGCAAGUGCAGUCUUCUUGGCAUUAGCUGGGGUUGUUUUGUUUACUGCAUUUACUGCAUUAGUUGUGGGACUUACAAAAAUUGAAGACGUUCAGCCAAAACACAAGUCUUCUAAUACCAAUUCCGGAUGGGCAAACAAUCAUGAACACGAAACUCGAGCAACGGGUGACCCAUAUCUCAUUGGAGUCGGCAAGGCCGAUAUUACUGGUCCUGUUGUUGAAAUAAACUUUAUGGGCUAUGCUAGUCUCCCACAAGUCGGAACAGGGUUGCGUCAACGAAUUUACUCCCGAGCCUUUAUUGUCGGUGAUGUAAACACCCCUGCCAAUAGAUUUGUCUACCUAGUUCUCGACACAGCAUCUGGGGACACUGCAAUCAGGUAUGGCAUUCUUCAAGGAUUAGCCGCUUUGGGGCCGGCAUAUGCAGUCUACGGGCAAAACAAUAUUGCCGUCACGGGAACACAUCAACAUUCCGGUCCCGGAGCAUACUACAAUUAUCUUUUACCACAAGUCACUUCAUUAGGUUUUGAUAAGCAAAGCUACCAAGCAAUUGUCGAUGGCGCAGUUCUGUCAAUCAAAAGAGCUCAUGAUUCGCUCACCACUGGAUAUCUAACCACCGGAGACACAAAUAUCACAGAUGCAAAUAUCAAUCGCAGUCUUUAUGCAUAUCUUGCCAACCCUGCAGCGGAAAGGGCAUUAUAUACGGACAAUGUUGACAAGACUUUGUCCAUGCUUCGAUUCCAGCGGGCUUCAGAUGGAUUGAAUAUUGGUGUUUUGACAUGGUUCAGUGUUCAUGGCACUUCCAUGUUGGAAAAUAACACACACGUCACUGGUGACAACAAAGGAGUAGCAGCUUAUCUUUUCGAGAAAGCAGCCUUAGCAGACCCUAAAGCGGCUCCAGGUUUCGUCGCCGGUUUCUCACAAUCAAGCGUCGGAGACACCUCACCAAACGUUCUUGGCGCCUGGUGUGACGAUGGUUCUGGCCAACAAUGUACUCUGGAGAACAGUACUUGUGCCGGUAUCUCCGAGACAUGUCAUGGAAGAGGCCCAGCUUUCCAAGCAUUGGAUUUGGGAACUCAGAGUUGUUAUAUCAUUGGGCAGAGACAGUAUAAUGGAGCUCAAGCUCUUUAUAACACGUUGGAUUCAGUCGGUACUCCUAUCGUGGGAGGGAGUGUCAAAUCAUUCCAUUUCUUCCAAGAUAUGCAGUACUAUGACUUUCCUCUCGCAAAUGGAUCGAUUGUCCAAACAUGUCCUGCAGCAUUGGGAUAUUCGUUUGCAGCUGGUACAACCGAUGGACCAGGUGCCUUUGACUUUGUACAAAAUGAUCCAGGUACACCCUCAAAUCCUCUCUGGAGUCUGGUAUCUGGUCUUCUCCGAGUGCCAACCGCUCAACAGGUUGCUUGUCAAUAUCCCAAGCCUGUUCUCCUAGAUGUAGGUGAGAUGUCAAGCCCUUAUGCUUGGACUCCCAAUAUCGUCGACGUGCAACUCCUUCGCGUCGGACAACUAAUCAUGAUCAUCUCCCCCUCCGAAGCAACCACCAUGUCCGGACGACGCUGGAAAUCCGCCAUCUCGGCCGCAGCCGUAUCAUCCAAAAUAACCAGCGCCACCCCCAAAGUAGUUCUCGGCGGUCCCGCAAACACGUACGCCCACUACCUCGCCACCCCCGAAGAAUAUUCCAUUCAGCGCUACGAAGGCGCUUCGACUUUAUUCGGCCAACAUGAAUUAGACGCUUACAUCCAUCUCACCACAUCCGCCAUCGGAUAUCUCUCCGCUACCAAUAGCAGUCAGCCUGCCCCGGGACCCAGUCCACCAAACAAUGUCAAUUCGAGUUUAAGUUUCAUAACCGGAGUAGCAUAUGAUAGUGGAUCAUUUGGAAGCGUAUCCGUACAACCAGCUGCAUCUUACAAGAUCGGAUCUGUAGUAAACACAACAUUUGUAGGCGCUAAUCCUCGCAAUAAUUUAAGAUUGGAAGGUACAUUUACGGCGGUUGAACAAUUGGGCUCGAAUGGUAAUUGGACAACGGUGAGAAAUGAUAAUGAUUGGUAUUUGGUGUAUACGUGGACGAGAGUUAAUGGCUUGACGGGUACUAGUAGUGUGGUCGUGAGUUGGGAGACGGGAACUGGAGAUGGAACGAAGGCGGGUACCUAUAGGGUUAGGUAUAACGGGGAUUCAAAGAGUGUUUUGGGCAAUAUUAGUGCCUUCACGGCGGUCAGUAAUAGUUUUACCUUGAGUUGAGAGUGGUUUAGAGGAAAGGCAUAAUGGGGCGAAGGGGGGGGUGUAUGCGGAUGAAAUGUGAAAUUUCA